GGGUGAAAAUUUCAAGUUUUCAUGCUUUUGAAAUAGUUUUAUUGGACGUGGGUACCACCCAUGGUGUGUAUCCUCUACCAGUUUUAAAGAGCUGGACGUUGAUUUAUCUCCGGAUACAUAA